AUGUCGAUUCCAAAUGAGGCCUUGCAAAAGCUCGUGCGGGAGAUCGAAAGCCAGGCUUUCGUAGCCCAGCAGCAGAUCGGCCUGGCCCGAACACAAAUGACUUCCAAGCAACGUGAGCAACGCCUUGUCAAGCUGACCAUCAAUGAGAUGGCUUCUCUUCCUUCCGAUGCUGUCGUUUAUGAAGGUGUUGGAAAAAUGUUUGUCUCACUGCCCGUGGACUCUCUUCGGCAAAAGCUUGAGGGACAAACGCAAACUCUGGAGGGCGAGGUGGACAAGCUCAGUCAGCGGUUGCUGUAUCUGGAAACGACACACAAGAAUAGCCGCGAGCACAUUGAGCAAAUGCUUCGUACCAAAUGA